GGCAUCACUUCUUCCACACAAACACAAGCUGGAACUCUACCAAUUCCUCACCAUAAACCCUAUACAGAAACUAGAUUAGCCGAACCACCACCAUCUCUCUUUUGUUUUGUAUAAUUCCAUCACCAAUUCCACCACCUUUGCAGCAACCAUUCAAGGUUUCUACAAAGGUAAUAAAUUGUGUGAGGUUACAUUGUUUACUUUGUAGUCGAAGUAGUCUCCAUCAGCAUCUAGGAGAAUAUGAACACAAAGUUCUUAUCAAUAUUGGGUAUCUCAAUCGAUUCGUGUUGCCUUAGGAUUUAUAGCUGGUCACGUAGAAAUUAUUGAUGGGCUGAUAGCUAAUAGUUUCAUUAGCAUGCAUGUGUGAUUGAACCUAAAGGAAUCUAUUUUUUAGUGUAGCCAUGUCGCCAUCUAUACGAAUUGUCCUGUUGUUGAGACUUUGAGGAGUGUUUAACUUUGAGCCAAUUAGCUACGGCUCUCUAUCAAUGUAUUAGUCAGUUACUUGUUUAAUUUUCUAGUCAGAACAUUGAUAGUAGUGAUAUAUAGUCAAUGGUUCUCUUAUUUUUAGAUGAACCAACAUAUGAUUCUCUUUCUAAAUUUGUAUAGUUAUUAUGCAUAAACAUAUGCAUCGAUAUUCUAUUUGCUGUCAAUCAUUAUCAAAAUCUAUGUGCUACUAAAUGUAAGGGGCAAAGCACAAUAUUUGAUUGUAUAAUGGCUGAAUGCAGCAUGAAAUUUGCAUGUUAUAGUUAUGGUACUUGUGGAAUUUAGUGGAAGGGUAUUAUGGAGAGGUAAAGAAAACACGAUGUCUGUUUAUAUAGUCUUCUUAGUACAUCAAAAGAAAAUGCAACACUUGCUUUGAGUUUUACAUUUAAAGGAAAUUAAGGUUUUAUUGCUUACUUGAUGGCAGAAAGAUGGCCAUGCCCCUCUUCUCUGUUAAGCUUUAUAAUUGGGUUUCUGUGGUAAGGUUGUGUUUUUCCUCUGCAUGAGUUUUAUUUUCUAUAAAAUUACAACACAACCGAUUAAAAUAAUGAUGUGUUGCAUGGUUCCUCAAAUUACCUAAUUAUGGCCUGGUAGAUGUUCAAUGGAUAUAUUUGGGUGUAUUAAAGUGCUGAUUGUUUGGGCCAUAAAAGGAACUGGGCAUCAGGUUCAUUUGUUAACUGUUACUGUAUUCAAGUGUAAAUAUUGUGUUAAUUCCAAAAGUUAACAAGCUUGAGCACUUUUCUCAAUUUCGACACAUCAGUUUUUGUAAUUUCUCUUACAAGAUUCUCUCAAGUUUCUUGCUAACAGGUUGAAAGAAAGAUUCUACCAUUGCUUUUAUCAGAUAACCAAGCAGCUUUCAUUCAAGAAUGACAAAUUCAAGACAAUAUUGUCAUUGCUCAUGAGGUGUUUCAUCACCUUAAGUCCUUAAGAUUCAAAAAUGCGGUAAAGAAUAUGAUUUGGGGCUUAAAGUGUUGAUGUAAGAAAGCAUCUGAUAGGGAUUGAAUGAGACUUGCUCUCUGCUUUGCUUUCAAUGAUGGGUUUUGACUUGAGGGGGCUUCAUCUAAUUCAUCAAUGUUUAAGUUCUGUUCCAUUCUCUGCGCUUUUAAAUGGUAGACCUGGACCUUUUGAAUUUUGAUAAGCCAAGUCAGUGGCAUUAGGCAGGGAGUUCACCUUACAUCUUUAUCUUGGUGACUGAAUCUCUCACUCAACUAUGGAUGUUCGUUGAGGCAGCUAGAGGGUUUAUGAAUGUGCGUUACACCAUUCAUUUUCUAAAUAUAACCAUAAUUGUCUUCAUUUACAAUAUACUAAUUCUGAGUUGGGGAAAAUACUGUUCAUUUACUGUAGCAGUGGGCCUCAUAUUUUUCUUCUGCCAAUUAUCCCAAUCAGCCCAAAACUGUUUUUGGUCCAAAACAAAUGCCGACUCAUUUAAAUGCUCGAAAUCAAAGUCAACUCUGAAAUCCUUCCCUUCCUCAUCUUGACUUGAUGAAGUGUAAAUCGACGAGAAACAAAUACUCAAAUCCAUAACCAGAGUCAAGCCGCCUGAAUUCCAAGUGUAAGAGGUACUUCCACAACCGCCUCAAGCCGUCCAAUAACACAUGGACUGCUAUGUUCAGGAAGCAGCAAAAGACGGACUCUGCUCAAGAGUCUGUGAAGAAAAAGCGCCGCUCCAUCAAGAAGACUUACUCGAGGUCCGUUGUUGGCGCAGCUCCUGAGGUUGAAGAUUCAGGUAUUGGCUGAAUAGAGCGAAGGGUCUCUGAUCUCAUUUAAGAGAGGAAGAACAAGGAAGGGGAAGAGCAAGAAGAAGACCCAUCUCCAUAAAGGUUUAGGAGCAAAACCCUUGCUCCCCAAAACAUGAUUUCACUGCUCAAAUACUGGUGGCACAAGGCAUAUCCACACUGCUACAAACAACUGAAACUCAAGAAAAACUGAUCUAUGAAUAUGCCUGGAAAACGGCAUGCAACUGCCUCUCUCAUGGUAAACACCAAACCCUUCAACUACAAUUCCUCAAUAUUAAAAUGUAUGUCUAAAGUUUAGAUGAAUAUUAAAUACUUUUGAUUUUGAGUCUUGGCUGCUUGCGUUAGAAUACAUGCUCAUUGCAUCCCUUUUUUGUAUGUUUUUGAUUUAGAUUUAUGCUGCUAUUGAAAAUGUUGGUGGAAGAGAGUUAGCUAUCAUCCUUUCAGUUCUUAUAUUUAUUUAGAACUACUUAGAAGGAUCUGUUUCAGGUUGCAGCAAUAGCUGAUAUUGUUGAUUAUUCGCGAGGGGUAAAAUACUCUUAACAUGUUUACUUAUCGUUCACUAUUUAUUUCAUUUACUGUUUGAAAAUGCUAGAUAUAUUUCUUCCACUGAAAAGUUCUCUGUGUUUAGGAGACUGCCAAAGGUUGCAGGAAAGUCUACAAUUGAACAUCAAGCUUGGAUAAUGAGUUUCUGAUAAUUUUGAAAUAUAUGUGAGAGCAUUACAACUUUCAACAGCAUUUAAACACUUUUAAGACCAUUACUGAUUUUCAUAAAUAUGUUGUGGAGCUAUUCAAAAUGAAGGACAAUAUUGAGUUUGCAGUUUUUGCAGAAGAAUUCUAAUGGGAAAUAUAUAUCAGUGUGGUCAAUGCUUAGGAAACUAUCAUUAAGCUUUGAAUGGUGUUGAUCAUCCAUCUUUAACAAGUCUCUUCUAUUUACUUUGACGGCAUUGAAACCCUCCAAUGCUGGUAUCAGGCCUACUCAAUUGUUUGUUCAGUUUGAUUCAACUGUUUAAGGAACAUGAGCAUAUGAGCUAACAAAUCCAUUGAUCUAUUUCAGAAAAAGUUUUUGUGUUUUGACAG